CGUCGCCAGGAAGUCCCUCAGGAACGCAAUCGACGGCACCGGCAAGAUCAGCUGCAUCCGCUGCGGCCACGCUCGUUAGGGAGCAGCUUGCGGGCCCUGCUGGUGUUGCUGCUGCUGGCCAGCAGCCCUCUGGUCCUGGGCCUGGCCGAGCCGCCAGGAUUACCCGGGGCCGAGUGGCAGCAGGCGCUCUCCAGGCAAACUUACCCGAAAUCGAGCUUCACCAGGGCCAUACAACCGAGGAAGCAGCAGAAUCUUACCAUUGGAUACCUCACCGCCAUUAAGGGCGGCUUAAAGGACCGUCAGGGCCUUGCCAUCUCUGGCGCCUUCUCCAUGGCCCUUGACGAGAUCAACAAUGAUCCAAAUAUAUUACCGAACGUAAAGCUGGUGAUGCGAUGGAGCGACACAAGGGGAGAAACGGUGGAAGCCACCAAGGCAAUGAUCGAUAUGAUCUGCGACGGGGUUGCUGCCUUCUUUGGACCAGAAGGCUCGUGCUACGUUGAAGCCAUAGUCGCUCAGUCCCGCAACAUACCCAUGAUUAGUUAUAAAUGCUCGGACUACAAAGCUUCGAAGGUGAACACGUUCGCGAGGACCGAGCCGCCGGACACGCAGGUGACGAAGUCGGUGAUCGCGUUGCUGCUCCAUUACGGCUGGAACAAAUUCACCAUCAUCACGGAGAGCGCCUGGUCAACGGUGGCCCGUUCCCUCGAGGAACAAGCCACCAAGAACAAUCUCACCGUGAACCAUUACAAAACGGUCGAGGAUCGUCACACGUGCUGCGAGGAACGUCUUCCGUGCUGUCAAGUCAGCGUAUGGUUCCAACUUAUACAGGAGACCAAAAAUAUGACUAGGAUUUACAUAUUCCUGGGAACCGCGAUGUCGCUGAUCGAUAUGAUGAACGCGAUGCAGAAUCAACGGCUGCUGGACAACGGGGAGUAUAUGGUCAUACACGUGGACAUGAUGACGUACUCGCAGCGCGAGGCGCAAAAGUACUUAUGGAAACCGGAACACUUCGACAAUCUGAAACAUUGCCUCGAGCCGAAGGACUUCCUCAAGAGAGCACGUUCACUCAUGGUGGUUGUAUCCACUCCACCUACUCAGAAUUACGAGGAGUUCACGAAGAGAGUUAGAGAAUACAGUAGCAAAGAGCCGUUUAACUUUGUGAUACCAGAAUUGCUGAGGAAGUACGAGAAGUAUGUAUCGAUACACGCGGCGUAUCUUUACGAUUCCGUGAAAUUAUACGCGAGAGCGUUGGACCAGCUUCUACGCGACCAACCGGAGCACACGCUCGAGGACAUCGCCAGCAAUGGGACCCAGAUCAUCGAGACGAUUAUCAGGAAUCACACUUAUCAGAGUGUUAGCGGGGCAACGAUCAAGUUCGACAAGUUUGGCGAUUCGGAGGGGAACUUCUCGGUGCUGGCCCUGAAGAAGGAUCCUUUCCGUUUCAACAACUUCUCCUGCGACUACCAGAUGAAGCCUGUGGGCCAAUUUCAACAGGGUGAAACUCUAGUGUACAGGCCGUCGGAGGCUAUGGACUGGCCCGGUAAGAAUAAACCGGAAGCAGAACCAGGAUGCGGUUUCCUCAACGAACACUGUCCAAAAGACGACACUCAUCUACGGAGCAUCGUUGCUGCUGGUGUGCUGGCUGGUUUACUCUUCUGUGCCGCGGUCAUCACCAUGAGCAUAUAUAGGAGGUGGAAGAUCGAACAGGAAAUCGAAGGAUUGCUGUGGAAGAUUGAUCCGAGCGAGAUACACGGCUAUCCUCAUCUUGACAAUUUGAUGUCCUCCCCUAGUAAGUUAAGCUUAGUUAGUGCAAUGUCCUACGAGUCAAGAGGGGGCCAGGUAUUCGCGCAGACCGGCCAUUACCACGGCGUGGUGGUUAGGAUAAAAGAGCUGAAGUUCUCGAAGAAGAAGGACAUAUCGAGGGACGUGAUGAAGGAGAUGCGUAUCCUUCGCGAGAUCAGACACGGUAACCUGAACUCUUUCAUCGGGGCGUGCGUCGAGCCAAUGAGGAUAUUGUUAAUUACGGACUAUUGCGCUAAAGGAAGUCUUUAUGAUAUCAUCGAGAACGAAGAUAUCAAGUUAGAUGAUAUGUUCAUCGCGUCAUUAGUUCACGAUCUCAUUAAGGGUAUGCUGUACAUUCAUGAGUCAUCUGUGCUAGUCUGUCAUGGUAAUCUGAAGUCUUCCAAUUGCGUGGUGACCUCGCGAUGGGUACUCCAAGUCUCUGAUUUUGGCCUGCACGAUAUGCGGCACUGUGCCGAAUCCGACAGCAUUGGUGAACAUCAGUAUUAUCGAAACUUAUUCUGGAAGGCACCUGAACUAUUAAGAAAUCCCAAUGCGCCGAUUAGAGGGACCCAGGAGGGCGAUAUUUACUCGUUCGCGAUUAUAUUGUUCGAGAUAAUCGGACGAAAGGGGCCGUACGGUGGCGUGAAUCUAGAACCCAAAGAAAUCAUAGACCGAGUGAAAAGGUUCCCAGAAGAUGGUGAACCACCGUUUAGACCUAACAUAGAUAUACUGUCCGAGUCUGAAGCAGACUGUGCUGAGUAUAUAGUUAGUACGAUUACCGACUGUUGGGCGGAAAGUCCUGAACUUAGGCCCGACUUCAAAACGAUACGGACCCGUUUAAAGAAAAUGAAAGCGGGAAGGCAUCGUAAUAUCAUGGACCAAAUGAUGGACAUGAUGGAGAAGUAUGCGAACAACCUCGAAGAUCUAGUCAGUGAACGUACACGCCUUCUUUUCGAGGAAAAGCAGAAAACCGAGGAUCUACUUCAUAGAAUGUUGCCUGAACCUGUUGCUAAUUGUUUAACAAAUGGAAUCGGUGUGGAACCCGAGGCUUUUGACUUGGUCACUAUAUACUUCAGCGAUAUCGUUGGUUUCACUGCAAUGUCAGCGGAAAGUACACCUUUCCAGGUCGUGAACUUUUUAAACGACUUAUACACUUUGUUCGAUCGCAUAAUCAAAGGAUACGAUGUAUAUAAAGUAGAAACGAUAGGCGAUGCCUACAUGGUGGUCUCUGGUUUACCGAUAAAAAAUGGUAACAGACAUGCCGGAGAAAUUGCCUCGAUGUCCCUAGAAUUACUUAACGCCGUAAAACAUCAUACUAUAGCUCAUAGACCCCAAGAUACACUUAAAUUACGCAUUGGAAUCCACACAGGUCCUGUGGUAGCAGGUGUCGUUGGUUUAACGAUGCCCAGAUAUUGUUUGUUCGGAGACACUGUAAAUACAGCUUCACGUAUGGAAUCCAACGGUGAGCCACUACGUAUUCACAUAAGCGAGCAAUGUAGAGAUGCUUUGGACAAGAUCGGUGGCUACAUCAUCGAAGAACGUGGAUUAGUCUAUAUGAAGGGAAAGGGAGAAGUAAAGACUUACUGGCUGACAGGAGCAACUGAAAGGGCCAUUCAAAAACGAGAGGUUGACGUCGGUGAUCUUCCACCACUCUUUUGUAGACCGAGAAGAAGUCCAAAAUUAAAUUCAGAUUCUCGACAGGCUUCGUUAUUAGGUGGCCUAGGAGCAGGUAGUCGCAGACAGUCGAGUGUUCCACGACCAACGCCAGAUGACUCCUCGUCUCAGUGUGGAGGUUCCAGUCCAGUGCCUAAAUCUCUUAACUCUAGAAAAUUGGAACGAUCUCCUUUGUAUUUAACCGAUAGUGUAUCAAAAACGACGUUGGAUAACAUAGUGUUACAAGAAGAAGUAGAAAAUCGAGCUGCUAACAUUAAAAUGGCACUCGACGACUACUUCAUCGGCAAGAGGCCAAAAUUUAGGAGGAACACGAGAGUUCUAUCGACAAUCGCCUCGUCGAGCUCUACGAGCGAUCAUCCGUUUCAAAUUAUAAGGGAAGCUCGUUCGUUAGAUCCGUUCCCUUUGGAGCUGUACGGUAGGAGAUUCGAAUCGCCACAUUUCUCUUGGAAAGAGCAGAGGAAGAGUUUCAGGUCGUUAGAGAAUUGUGACAAGUGCACACGGACUAACUCGAAGACGAAUAUUUCCGAGAAAGUGUUAAACAACAAUUAUCCAAAUGGUAAUGUGAUAAUAGUGCCCCAUACUGACGAGUUGCCCAACGAAGCAGAAACGCCGUUGCUGGGGGAUGAGAGUGGCUGUAUGGGGGAAAUCGUGCCUGUUAAACGUUGGCGUUCGCUCGAUCAAGUGGUAUCCGUUCCUAGUACAGACAGUGUGCCGGACAAAAAAUCAUCGGCAAGAAAUUCGAUCAGAAGUUGGCUGGUAAAUCUAUUCAGCGGCAAUGGAUUACGAAACAGCGAUGUUUCUUUGAGAAGAGGUGUAAUAGCAGGUUACGAUAUACAGUCCGAACGUGAAAGUAUAGUUUGA